AACCCCGAAAGUCGACCUCGGUGUAAUUUGAACUCGAAACCUAGAACCAGAAAAAUGGCACUAAACAUUGAUAGUAAUAUUGUUCUAAUUAUUUAAUAUCAUUAUGAAAGUUUUUAUUACCAACAGAGAUAACAAUUACAUAUAUAAUACAAAACCACAUUAAAAUACAAAUCCUAGUUUAUAUUUUUAGGUGAAGGCCAGCAGGUACUUUAUUGUAUCGACCCCAAUGGGGUGGGAAGUGAAAAGCAAUGUUAAUUACGAUGAUAACUUAUUGUAUACAGUACUUAGAUACACUGCUAUUUGUUGAUAAAUGGUAAAGAGGAUGACAUAGCAAUAAGUUAAAUAUAGCAAUGAUACCAAAAGCACAUGCAUAGUAGAUGGAAUAAAACACGGAUAGACAGAAAAUUGAACGUUAAAAGAGUCAAAGAGAGGAAUGAAAAGGGUGCAUUGAUAGGUAUGUGAGGAAUAGUGCUGGGGAAUUUAGGGAAGCUGGAAUUUUUGCGCCAAAUAACAAAAAUAAACGCUUCUACGGUAUGAACAAGGGCUGGAAAUUUAGGGGAUGAGGAACAAGUGAUCCCAAGUACAUGAAUGAUAUUUUAUUAACCCUGGAAGAAUGCAAGGCAAAAUCGACCUCGGUGAGAUUUGAACUUGUAACGUCCUACCCAUCCUUAAAUCUUCGGAUCAAUGUGAACAGACAGCGUAACCAUGUCGAUGUUGUUCUACCAGGCCUUCGCUAUGAUGAUCUUGAUAAUGCAGGUCUCCCAGAUGUUUGGAGAAUCUAUGACAUGAUCAGUCGAGUGGAAUUUGCAUCGUUCUUUCACCACGAAUCAUCUUUCCUUGACUACAAAUUUCUGCUUGAAAACAACAUCACCACAAUUAUAAAAGCCGUGCGUAUGGACAUCCGAAGUGGAUUUUUCGAAACCACAACACCCAAAGCGCCACUAGGAAUCUCACUAAAACUAUCGCACAUCAAUGACAACUCAUUAAUGACUACAUGUGGGAUGAUCUGUGGCGGUAAAAUGAAGCCAUCAAUUAUAGUGAAGAAUGUACAUGCCGUUGUGAAGGCAGACACAGCCAAGAGCUGCAACUUACCCGACUGGUGGCUUGUGAAACACAAGAAAAACCUCACUGAUCCUGUGAAGCCCUACCUUAUAAAACCUCAAGAGGUACCAGCCGAAACGCACAAUCAUGUUUUCACAGUUCCCCUUACAGAUGUCGAUGCCCUCAGUAGGACAAGAUGUUCUUCCUAUGUGCGUUAUUUCGCAGAAAAUGCCAGCAUUGCUUCCUUAAAAGACUUCUAUCCACAGAUAUCGACGAAGUUUCAUAAUUACUGCAUUAGUCGAAUGUCUAUGCUGUACUUUGGUCCGACAACCUGGGGAGAUGUUUUGGUGUCUAAGACCUGGGAGGAUGCGACGAAUCCUUACACUUUGCAUUGUAAUAUCAGUAAAGACAGCUUGCUACAGUGGUAUGGCUGUUUUGAGUUUCAUCCAGAAAUCUUUGGUCUUGAAGACAAUGCUGAAAACAUUAGUUAGUGUGUACUUGUGUGUAUGUGUAAUGUGUGUUUGUAUGUGUGCAUAUAUAGGUGUGUGUUUGUGUGAGUGUAUUUAUAUAUAAUUGCUGUGUGAGUGUAUAGUGUUUUUGAAAUUCCACCUAUGAGAAUUCUAUUCAUUGAAAGCAGAUUAUUUUUUAAAAUUUACUAGAAGACGAAAAGAAAAAAUUUAAACAAAAUUAAAGUAAUUUUCUAUUUUGUUCUGAAAAUUUGGAUUGCUUUAGAGCAACAGUUUGUUCUGAGUUAGGGUACCUUUUAGUAAUACAACAGCUAGUAUAAAUGAAUUUGGUUGUAUGUAUGUUAAAAAUGAUCUCAAACCAUUGCUAAAACCUUUUGUUGUUGGACCUUGCAAGACACUCUAGAUUCCCAGAGUUCUAUAAGAACAGCUACUUUCCCUCUUCUGCACUUGGUUCUCUUUCUCCUUUAAACAUCAACAGAAGUAUUUAAAAAGAAAAAAAAAUGGAGAAAAUUGGAGUUUGGUAGAAAUGUCAAAGCUUUAAAAUAUUUCAUCUUAAAAAUGAAUUCUGAAACCUUACUGAACUUUCCUACCAAUUUUGUAUGUUUCCUCUCCAAGUUUAUUCAAAGCAAAACAGCCAACCAGAAAUAGAUGAAUUUGGAAAUAUAAGUGUGACGGCAUUGUGUAUUGCUUUUUAGAAAUCCAUUUUGCAGUCUGGAGGACAAAUAUUUGGACAAAAAUCAAGUGUUGUGGCUAAAAUGGCUGAAAAUUUCCAUGUUUAUUUGGCUGCAGAGAUAGGUCUUUUAAUUAUAUUAUUUAAAAAAAAAAAAAUCAUUAGUUCAAAGCUGUAGCAAAAAUUUAAAUGUUUUAUCAUGUAACUCAGACCUAUUUUAACUAAGUCACUGCCAACCAAAUUCUAUUCCUAGUUUAAAUUUCCAAUCAGUUACUGAUAUAAAAAUCAAAUGCUAAAAAAAAUAGCAAACUAUCCUAAAAACAAAAAAAUUGAAUAAAGCAAGAAUUGGAUAACCAGAUAAAAGCUGAUAAUGCAAAUAUCUCUAAAAGAUCUGUCUUAAAUUUUGCAUCCUACAAGAAAUUUAUUUGAAUUUAUGAUUUUUCUAUGGAAUUGUAUAUAGGUGGAAUUAUCAUGAAAUUGUAUGCAAGUAUGUUUAUGAAUAUGUAUGUACAUGUAUAUUUCUGUAUAUAUGUUUGUGUGUGUGUGUGUGUGUGUGUAUAAACCCAUGCAUGCACAGGUAUAUACACUGAUGUUUUUUUAGUUGUUUAACAUUUCUUUCGUAUAAAAUUUCUCUUGUCAGAAGUGCCAAACUAAAUUCAAAUAGCUGACGAAGGUUGUUUUUACAUUUAUCCCAGUAUUAUAAUUUUCUUUCCUUAUGUGAAACUUAACCUUUCAAACACACCACUGCAGUAAAAAAAUCCUUCUACAGAAUAGGGCAAGUUGUUCACCACAGUGGCUAUAAAUAUAUAUAUAUAUAUAUAUAUAUA